AUGACCGGGAGCAUCCUUGCUUUCCCACAGUUUGCCUCUGAUGAGCUACGCCGGGCUUCCGGGCGUGUGCUGCAGGAUGUGGUGAGCCAGAUUGAGCGCCAGUUCAAAUUAGUGGUGUCCAUUAAACCUGAUGAUGACAGUACAGUCGCCGGAGACGAGCUUGCUGAGGGCGUGAAAGAUCUCGGUUUGAAGAUAUAUCGGUCGCUAGCCAACAGAGAAUCUCUCAAGAGCGACGCUAGGGCUGAAAUCGCGGUCUUCGGUCCCUUCACAAAAAUCUUGGAUGUUGAUCGCAGAGUUAUGUUGGAGCAAGAACUGAUCGCGGAAGUCUUGCGUGAUGCGUUGGUGCUCAGCAGCUCCUUGGGUUCGGCAGCGCCUUUCCUGGCGGAUCCAUCUGCAAGGAAAGCCCUGCGUCCGCUUAUAGGAGCGAUAAAUGGUCUUCAGAAGGCUGUGGGGAAGUCGGCCGAGACGAUAUCACCAAUGCUUUCUUCUGGACAGAAGGUUGAGAUUCAACCCAUCGUUGACGAUGUAAACGUGCAAGUACAAGAGUGCACUGACCUUCUGGUGGAAGUGCGUAAUGACUAUCUCGUUGAUAUUGUGGACGGUCAGAGUGAUCUACGUAAACUGAAGAGGGAAAGUGGAUUCAGGAUUUAUCACACAAUCUAUGCUUUGACGGCGUUCGCCGUGAAAUGGAGCACUUUGGAGCGUAACAUUUUCGGUCGACAAGUGAUUGCUGAUAACUCGGCAGAUCAUUCUGAAUCGGACCACACUGUGGUAGAUAGUAAGGCCUCCAUUAACCAGAGGAAGAACAAGCCGACCAUGUAG